GCACUGGCUGGCACUGUUAGGCGGCACUGAUAGGCAGCACUGAUAGGUGGCACUGACUGGCAUUGAUAGGUAGCACUGACUGGCACUGAUAGGUGACAUUGAAAGGCAGCUCAGAUGGGCACUGAUAUGUUGCAUUGAUGUGGCACUGAUGGGCACUGGCAGGUGGCAUCGAUGAGCACUUACAGCUGGCAUUGAUGGACACUGACAGGUGGAACUGCUGGGGCUACACUGAUCAUCGGGGCACACUGAUCAUCAGUGCCCUGAUGAUCACUAUCAGCGUGACAGCUCAUGAGGAGAGAAAUGCCGAUAAACGGCAUUUCCUUAUUUACAUGCGAUCAGUUGUGCUUGGA